AUGUCUGACAAAACAGGAUUUAAAAUUAACACCCAAUUCGCAAAGAAAUAUGAUAGAUAUCGAGAGAAGGAAGAACUACAGAGACUAAAGGAUCGAUAUGGAGAUCGAGGGGAUGACGAUGAGUCGGAGUCAUCUGAGUCCAGUUCGGACGACAGUGAAGUGGAGUUGGAUCCAGAAAUUGAAAGGGACUUUUACAGGACAUUGUCACUCCUGAAGAAGAAAGACCCAAAGAUCUAUCAAAAAGAUGCCAAAUUCUACUCAGAAGACUCACCCAACACUGACGUGAAACCUUCCACCUCAAAGUCAAAAGUUAAGCCCAUGUACCUGAAGGACUAUGAGCGCAAAGUCAUACUCGAGAAGGAAGGAAAAUAUGAAGACGAGGAUAGUGACAGUGAUGAUGAGGAGGUAGCAAAAAGACUAGAAAGAGCCUCUUCCCCCAGCUACAUGCAAGAGCAGAAGCAACUGAAAGAAAGUUUCCGAAAGUUUGUUCAAGAUAGUGAUGAUGACUACUGCAGUGAAGGCAGUGGAGAAGGGGUCUCCCAACUGCUUACGAGGAGGAUCAAAACACAGGAAGAACAGGACAAAGAGGAAGCCGACUAUAUGGAGUGGCUGAAAGGGCAGAAAGAUCUUGAUGGACCUGAGGAGGUGAAGGAAAUGAAAUAUCUACGAGACUACUGGAAUGACCCUGAACUGGAUGAGAAGGAAUGUUUCCUCCGAGACUAUGUUCUGAACAAACGCUACAAAGAUGAUGACGAUGAAGACGAAGAGAGGAUCCCAACCUAUGAGGAGGUCAUCCAGGAUGAUUCCGAAGAGGAAGGCGAGAUGUUUUUGGUGCGACAGGAGAACUUUGAGCGAGGCUACAACUUCCGAUUUGAGGAGCCCGAUGCUGAACAGAUCAAGACCUAUCCUCGCACCAUUGCUACUUCAGUCCGCACCAAAGAUGAUCGCAGAAAACGCAAAAGAGAGGAAAUCAAAGAAAGGAAGGAGAUGGAGAAACAGCAUAAACGGGAGCAGUUGAAGCAAUUGAAGAACUUGAAGCGAAACGAGAUCAUGGAGAAACUAAAAUUGCUUCAGAAACUCACUGGCAAUGACGAGCUGGCUUUUAAUCAGGCUGAUCUGGAAGGAGACUUUGAUCCGCAACAUCAUGACCAGCUCAUGCAGAAAUUCUUUGACGAAAAGUACUACGGCGAGCAAGAAGAUGAUAAACCACAGUUUGAGGAUGAUGAUGCAUUUGAGGAGCACUGGAACUGGGACACGUGGACGGGAAGAGAGCAAGAAGAAGAGUAUGAUGACGAGGCAGACUAUGAUGCCUCAGAGCCUCACUGUGAUGACCAGGAUUUUAAUAUGGAUGCCGACUAUGACCCCAGCCAGCAUGUUUCUAAAAAGCAGAAGAAGAAGAUGAAGAAGGCUGAUGUACCUCUGAUGGGCAAGAAGAAAAAGAAGUCUCACUUUGCAGAAGUAGUCUCGAAGGACAAGCCUGUAUUUGAUCCUCAGGAGAAGAGCUUCGAGGAGUACCUGGACGAAUACUAUAAACUGGACUACGAGGACAUCAUCGACGACCUCCCUUGUAGGUUUCGUUAUAGGCAGGUUCUACCCAAUGACUUUGGUCUCUCCACUGAUGAGAUCUUGGGUGCUGAAGAUAGGGAGCUCAAUCGAUGGUGUUCUCUGAAAAAGACCUGCAUGUUCAGAUCCGACCAGGAAGAGAAGAAUGAUUUGAAGAACUACAAGAUAAAAUCAAAGAACGAUAAGAAGAAAAGAGAAAUACUCGUGUCUGUGUAUUCUGACAAAGAUACAGAGGGGUCACACGCAAAGGCCACGAUGGGAAAGAAGCGACGUGACCGUGUGAAAAAUGCUGAAAGGCGCAACAGAGAAGCUGAGGACAGUGACACAGACACCAAGAUGGACCCAUCGUAUGAGACUGUGAAAGCACUUCGAGAGAUUGGGUCUGAUGUGGAGGAACCAGAGGAGUUUCUCACGAAAAAGAUCAAACUAGAAGAGCAACCACAGCAUUCCCUUCCAGUUGAAAAAGAGGUUCAGGUUAAAGACCAGGUUAAGACUAAAUUGGCCAAGAAGCACAAGCAAUCGGGAGGACACCGCAAAACAGGAACAGUUGGCGUAAAAAUUGGAGGACGGGAGUUUAGUAAACAGAGGCUGAAGGCAUAUGGUUUGAAUCCAAAGAGAUUGUUCUUCAGGCAGCUCGGAAGGCAAAAACGGAAAGAGCAACAGAAGAAAGAGAAGAACAAAGUCAAUGCUACUUAA